AUGAAUGUGCCUGAUCCCAUCUGCCGGUGGAUCACUGACUUCCUGACGGACAGGAAGCAGCAUGUGAGGCUGGGAAAGAAUGUCUCGGACUCCCGAACCAUCAGCACCGGCUCCCCUCAGGGCUCUGCUCUUUCUCCUCUACCAGUAGAAAGAGCUACAGGUGUUUGUUGUUGGCGGAGGUUGAGACCAGAUCGGGUGAUCGGACGGCAGACGUCACGGGGUGAUCGCUUGACUACUACUGGGCCCACAUAUAAAAAGUCAACAGGAUUCACCCCGCAUGAGUUGCAGACGGGAAGGCCAUUUCCAGCACCUUGGACAGAGGUUCCAGCGGAACACACCACGAGAGGUAACAGGUCUCAUGCAGAAUAUUGGGAUGAAUUGAAGUGUCUUGUCUCCAGUUUCACCAAACAGGUUACUUCUGGACUGCAUGUGGCGGACCAGGUGACCCCAGAGGCGAAGGCGGUCUGGCUAAAGGUUAUCAAACGCAAGUGGAAGGAGCCACGCUGGACGGGUCCUUAUGAGGUCGUUGCCAGGACAACUACAGCAGUUCAACUGAAAGGGAAAGGCGAUACCUGGUAUCAUUGGUCGCAGUGUGCGCCAGCACACGAGAGCUUGCUAGAGGAAAACUCCUCUACAUCAAACACAGGUGUCAACGAUAACGAGCAGAGGCAAAAUAAAUCCUCUCACCUGUGCAACGGGCCAACCAGUAGUCUACCUGGGAGGCCGAAGAGAGAAGAGCAGCAGCUGAGAAGGUCGCCACAUCAGAAGAAAGGAGCAGUGACCAGUUGAGAACUCCAAAAGCAGGGGAGUUUCAGUCCAGAACACAAAGUUUACCUAACAUGAUGCAGACACACGAGUCAGAGACACGUAAUGAGAAAAAACUGAUUAAAAUGUUUCUUACAACCA